AUGUACUUGGUUGACCACAAAAGCAUCUAUUUCCAAGACAAUGUAGAAGAAGAUAACCCAACAAAGGAAGUCAUAAGACGCAUACCCGACACGUUCACCUGGUCAACAUGUCAACGAAACAUAUCUGCUGCCAACGUCACAGGCUUCAGCUCUCUUCCCGAUCACAUUCAAGACUUUCUCUACUAUCGUCACUGUCGUCAUUUCCCUUUGCUCCUGGACGUCCCGGACAAAUGUGGAGGAGCUGAUAAAUCUGCAGAGGUCUUCCUUCUGUUGGUCAUCAAAAGCUCCCCUGGGAACUACGACCGCCGAGAGGUGCUGCGCAGAACCUGGGCUAAAGAGAGGUGACACAACGGCGUGUGGAUUCGGAGGGUUUUUAUCACGGGGACGACGGCGACCGGUGUUGAGAAAGAGCGCCUGAACCAUCUUCUCAUGUCGGAGAACUGGGAGUACAAGGACAUCCUCCAGUGGGACUUCAAUGACUCGUUCUUCAACCUCACCCUGAAGCAGAUACUGUUCUUAGAAUGGAUGGAAACAAACUGUCCGCGUCCUCGCUUCCUGUUAAAUGGUGACGAUGACGUCUUCGCCAACACAGACAACAUGGUCAUGUAUCUCCAGAGUCUGACGGACAAUGAUGGAAGCAAGCACCUGUUGACCGGAUAUCUGUUCAAGUCCACUGUGCCCGUCAGGUACCUGCCGAGCAAAUACUACAUCCCUGUUCAGGUGUACGAAUCAGACGAGUAUCCUCCGUACUGUGGCGGUGGAGGGUUCCUCCUGUCAGGUCAUACAGCCAUGGUCAUAUACAACAUGUCCAAGUCCAUCACCAUUGUUCCCAUUGAUGACGCCUACACGGGGAUGUGUUUGGCCAAAGCGGGACUUGCACCUGUACAUCAUAUGGGUGUGAAGACACUAGGGUUUAACAUUCCUUCAAAGGAAACAGACAGUGAUAACCCAUGCUACUAUAGAGAGGUUCUGUUGGUCCACAGAUUCGACACAGCUCACAUUUUCCUGAUGUGGGACAAAAUCCACGACCCCAAACUGAAAUGUGGUGUUGUAUAACCAACUUUAC